CUCCCUGACGAAUGGAAAGGAAAGAAUUUACGAAUCCGGAGGAAAUUAGCGAAACUGCAUUGCGCUCGAAAGCGUCGCGUUGGGCCGGAAAUGGCCGUCGGAUUCGGGAUCCACGGUGCAGGUUUGAAUUUACGUGAGGUGGAUUAUGACAGGGUGACCCACCACGUCUCGUGUCUCGCGACGGGAGAGAGAGGGGCGGUCACCAACGUGUGACGUGGACGUCCACGUCAGAGGCAGCCCGCCCACCGUCCGUGCUGGAGCUACAGGGCACGAUGACCUGGGGAGCGAGUUCUGGACCGCCCGUCGUCAGCGAAGGGAAGCGCGAGCGCGCGGGGUCCAGGAGGAGGGGGCGUACUUGACCUGGCCUGCGUACGUGGUUGGGGUUGGGUGACGCAGAGCGCGCGGUAGUACUACAGGGAGGGGUGCGGUAGGGCCGUGCGCUGCAUCGAAGUGUGUGAGGAAUGCAAUUUAUGCAAUGUAUGUAUCCUUCGAACACGAUCGUCUAAAUUUACGCCAUGGCGAUUGCGGACUUGAUUGCGCGAAGGAGAAAAGCAGGAGGGAUCGAGUGCUCACCCGCAAGAAAUCUGGAGCCGCGGGGCGUGGAAUGGGUGCUGAGUCUAUUUUCGACAUGUUUCUUCUCUCCCGUGGUCCUUGGCAUUUAUGAGGCCCAAUGGAAGCGCUCGUUCCUCAAUCAAAGGGGCUCGAGAAGCUCGUCUCGGACGAGCCCUGGGCCCCCAUUGCCCCCUCACGUAUAUUCCAACCACGAAUGACGACGAGCCUUGCAUUGAAUCGAAGACACGUGAAUAUGACUCGCCGGAGGAAAAUACAUGAGCAAUGUCGGGGUGGAGACGACUUGUCGUCUAUGGAGUGGCAGAAAAGUUUGGCAUGAGACAAGCCCACAAUCAAGACUCGACGUUGUGGUUCUCGAACAUUUUAAUUUCCCCUUUCAUUCAAUCUGCGAGGAGAUUGUCCUCCACACUAUCGAGAUAUACACUCGGGCCAUGAAUGGAGGAAAGCGAGGCUUCGUUAAUCGGUGAAGAUGAUUGAAUCAUGUGCCCACAGUUCCAAAUUACGGAUCCUCACACCAAAAUAUCUGGUCAGUUGACUCCGGUCCUGCAGAAGAGCAUCGGCCCCGCUUGAAGAUUGUACACCCGGAAGUACUCACACGGAUUUGGACGACGUAGGGCAAGAAGUUCCAAGAAGUUCCAAGAAGACCAAACCUCGUCAUCGUGUGCAUCGGAGAAAGCCCAGUCUUGCGAGUUUUAGUCUCCCGCCGAGUUCCAAUGGGAUCAUCUUCCCGGUUUUGCUGCCCUCCUCCUCAGCUAUCGUAACCUUCUUUGGGACUUACACUUGGAGGCGUCAAGAGCUCCUUUCGUGACGAGGACUAUGGAGUCGGCCGGUGCGGAACCCUCCGUCCUCGGUCGAUGGUGACGUUGAUUCCUUCAAUUUCAUCUCUCCUUCCGACGUGCCAGCUACGAUCGUCUCGUCUCGAUGGCAAAAUUCCAUGACACGGCUCACAGUAGUUACUUUGCCAUUAUGAACGCCCUUCGGGCAUUCAUAGGAAGGUAAACGUAGGGGCGACGUAAAUUUCUUUGGAACGAGCUCGUGCUAAUUUUAUUAGCACGAUGGUCGGGCAAAGAACUGGGAGGGGCUCAGGGAUGGAUGGAUGGUUCGAGACGUAGAGGUCUAAUGAGCAGCGGUCGAUGUUAUGGGCCCCAGAUGCCGCUGCCGGGGUUGGUGCAGAUGCUCGUGCCCUGCUUCAAUUUUAGCAGGAGCCAUUGAAGGAUUGGAGGCGAGAGGAUUCCAUAUUUGACUUGUUUACUACGAGAGAGCUAGUUCGCAUUCUUGAUGCGGCGAAAGUCAACCUCUAGACUUCUUUUCUCAUCGUCGUCCUUGCAUGAAAUCAUGAGCGGCCUUCGAGGAUUAUCGUACGAACCUCUAAAAGGAGAACGUGCUACAACGUGAGUCUUCGACCAUAGGUUCGAGAGCCGGAAGGUACAGUCGCGAGCGAUGGUAUGCCUCACCACCUACUACGUCUAGUGCCGCUAGUACUGCGUCGAGACAUGGAGCUCUGAGAAAUCUUACGCGAUUUCGCAGCUAUUUCUAUCUAUCGCUGUACCUCUCUACAACAUACACCAACUCUCCGCGUGCCCGCUUUUGGCUCCAGUGGAUCGAUCGACAAUCUGUUACACAUCGACCUUCGUCACAAACCAAGAUUUUCUAUCAUCAUAUCCAUCAUUUGAUACGCGCACCACACCUUUUGCCGAGUCGAGAGAUGACGCUUCGACUUAUUCGACCAUUCGGCAUCCUUCCCACCUUGAGAUAUCAUUAUUUUCUCCGAGUAUCUAUGGUCGAUGCCCCUCGCAUAGACGUCGACCUUUGUCGUUACACUUGCCAUCGUCGCGCGUCCGAAAGCUCUACGCUAGUGGUUCAUGAUGGACGGACUACGACGCUUGGCUUUUAUUUGAUGAGAAGCACUUCUAGGAGCUCGUAUCACAUCGAGAGCGAAAGGCUACGCACUCAUUUCUCUACUUUCUCGCAGUGCGGUGAACACCCAAUUUCAAAUCCCGGGCGAGACGGAUUUCUGCCUCGCUCCUCGGAGGAAGACAUCUCAUGAAGACCCAUGAAGUGCGUGCUUCUUUCUUGCUCUAGCACCCCAAACUCCAUCUUCAUGUGUCGCGCGACAUCUUCUUGAUGUAUCCACACGAUUGUGGACUUCGCGCGAGAGACGUUCUCACCACAAAACGGAACCGGCGGACGAGGUCUUAAACAUUCUUUCAAAUCGAAAUCGAGCAUGACCACCACGUCAUGGGAUAAGAGCGAAACAGUCCCUUCCGCUCGGAGGGCGACACGCUCGACUCUUGAUUGGGAAAAUCGAGCCUUUAGGAUGAGAUACGCCUCUAAGACAGAAAUCUUGAGCAGGAGCGAGUCACAUACAUUAUUGGGAAUACUAUUGACAUCUUAUUAUUAAUGGGGUCUUUUUAGUUUUACAAACUGAUUGGAGCGGCGUUACUGUUUUCGUCGAACAAGAUCUUCCUCUUGAGCUGAAGUACCUUGAGCGCGGGCGAGUCCUUCGCAUGGUAAUAAAGACGCUGGCGGUUGAUCCUCUCGGUAAGUAGUGAGCAUUGGUGAGCACCAUCGAUCCAAAGCAUAAGAAUAUCGAGAGGCAUGCGCAGGGUGCAUAAUUGUGUGCACUGUUUCAGCUGCUAAAAUGAUGGAGUAUGCGUCGGUGUUUCUGCGUUAAAAUCGCUAAUAAGUUGCCUCCACUUCGACGACAACAACCUUUUAGGUAACUCAGCAGACGGAACUAUGCAGCGACGCGCUUUCACCGGCAGCAGUUAGUAAACAUCUUGAACAGUUUGAUUGGAACUUAUCAUAUGAAAAGUGCUAAUAAUCAUCGCCCACCUUGGGAAAUCAACUUCUCUCGGUCCCGAAGAUCUUUCGUUUUCCCUUUCUUGUCCAAAUCAAGAUCACCACUUAAACCUAAUUGACCCUGUGCGUUAUUUUCG